AUCACUUCGACAUCGUCUGUACGCGGCUGAUAAACGUCUGAAAACGACGAGGACAUAUAGGGCCAAAUGGAGAAAUCUAAAAACUUUCGUAUUGACGCGCUUCUAGCUGUUGAUCCACCUAAAGUACAAACAUCUCCUCUUGCUCUUGUGACUUCUUUAUCGUCUUCUUCCAUAUCCUCGUCUGGAAGUGUACCAGCUUCCGAACUAAACGCCAGUACCGACUCUUUACGCACAGAGACGCCGUCUCCACCGAGGAUUUCCUCUUGUGGCUUUAUCCCUAAACCGGGCUUCUUAAACAGUCCACAUAGCAUGGUUGGAUUACAUCCUCAGAGCAGCGCGGGGAUCUCCCCACAGGCUCUCUACGGCCACCCCAUGUACACCUACUCGGCGGCCGCCCUUGGUCAGCACCCUGCCUUGUCCUACUCCUACCCACAUGGAUCCCAUCACCAUCACCCUGAUUCCCUCAAACUUACGGCGGGGACGUUUCAGCUGGACCACUGGUUGCGGGUUUCCACUGCAGGCAUGAUGCUUCCGAAAAUGCCCGAUUUUAAUUCUCAGGCGCAGUCCAACUUACUUGGAAAGUGCAGAAGACCAAGAACUGCAUUCACAAGCCAGCAGCUGUUAGAACUGGAGCACCAAUUCAAAUUGAAUAAGUAUCUGUCGCGACCAAAGCGCUUUGAGGUGGCAACAUCCUUGAUGUUGACAGAAACACAGGUAAAAAUUUGGUUCCAGAACAGACGGAUGAAAUGGAAGCGGAGUAAGAAGGCCAAAGAGCAAGCGGCGCAAGAAGCCGAGAAACAGAAAAGCACGAAAAAUGGUCAGGAGAAAUCUGACGGACUAGAACAAACGGAUUAUCAUAAAACAGAAUCUGUCAAAGGUGGUAGAAUACGAGACUUUAGGGACAGUGAUGACGACGAAGGUGACAACUUCUACAACUCGUCAGAUUGUUCGUCUGAAGACGAACGAAACCACACCAGUGAUAUAAGUCCUCAACCUUGAGACGGCUCAAAGACAUUAGGCACCUGCCAUUAUUGCAGCUUCUUUAAAAAGUGACUGGGAAGUUUCACAAAUCUGCAGCUGCAUGUAAAGAUAAGACAUCAAGCACGGCAAUCAUCUACCUGGAAUAAUGAGCAUAAUGUGUAAAAAAAAUACUGACUGGGCGAUGCCUGACUGAUAUUCAGGGAUUUGAGCCAUGUGCUAACUGUGCAGAUUGCAGAAUGAAUGGCCCAAACAAGCAAUACAAGGAGCAGAUUUACGUUUAGUGUUAUUGAAUACCCCUCUGUCUGUAACGUUGCAUGUAUUAUGUGCAAAUUCUAUGUUUCACCCAUUCGGCUCAGGAUAGGCCUACACUCCAAUAUUGUGCUGUGGGAUUUUAAAUAUAAUUUUCCAUGAUGGCAAAUAGAAAAUUCCAACCCUGCAGACUAAUAUUUGGUAUUUUGGUAUUGCC